AGCUGCUCGGUAAACGGAGUCGGUCUCUGUUCUGAGGAGAAACGGCGGAAAAAGAAGCGGAGAGACGAAACGAGCGUGUCCGCGUGAGUCCGAGCGGCGUGGGAAACAACGGAAAAAGAAGAAGAAGAGGAGGAAAGAGAAGAAGAAGAGUUGUCAGUAGUGCCCCCCCCCCACCCCCCCCGCUCCGGAGGGUCUUGGUGCGAACAUGGAGCGGACUGGAACUUUCCUGCUCUCCGCGUCUCUCCUACUGGUUUCACUGGGACUAACGGGGGCGCGAGCGGACACCUUCAAAGCCUGUCUGUCUGGUCAGUCCCCAGACUGUACUCUGGUCCAGUCCAAAGAGGACGACUUCGACUGGGAGCAAGGAGACACCCGUGACCGACCAGCCAGCAACCCCUUGAUCCCCACAGGUUCCUCCUUCCUGUUUGUGAACACGUCAGGUCGUCAUGGUGGUCAGCGCGCUCAGCUGCUGCUGCCCCCCCUCAAAGAGAACGACACACACUGCGUCAGCUUCAUGUUCUACCAGGGGGGGGGGCGCGAAGGGGCAGGGCUCAACGUCUACAUCAAAGAGAACCACAGUCCUCUGGGAGUCCCGGUAUUUAACUCAUCAGGCCCCGCCUACCACAACUGGAAGGGGGUGGAGCUAGCUGUGUCCACCUUCUGGCCUAAUUACUACCAGGUGGUGUUUGAGGCCAUCAGCAACGGACAGAGAGGAGUUCUGGCCAUCAAGGACAUCACACUGCAGGGCCACCAGUGCAGCAGCACGCCACACUUCCUGCACAUUAAAGGUGUAGAGGUGAACGCGGGACAGACGGCGACAUUUCACUGCACUGUCAACGGACAACCACAGAGCAACCUGCUGCUCUACCUGCAGGGGAUGGCUGGUCGUCAGGCAGUCGUCAGGGAAACCAAACCGGUGAACACACGGCGCUACGUGGCGAGUUUUGAUGUGGAGAACACGACCAAAGGUGACUCCGGACGCUAUCGCUGCAUCGCCCAGUCAGAGCGAGGUGUGGGCGUGUCCUCGUACGCUGACCUCACCGUCAAACAGCCUCCUGUACCGAUCGCCCCCCCUCAGCUAACAGCUGUGGGCGCCACCUACCUGUGGAUCCAGCUCAACGCCAACUCCAUCAACGGAGACGGACCAAUCAUUGAGAGAGAGGUGGAGUACCGGACGAUGGCGGGCAUGUUGAUCGACACCACACCUGUCGAUAAACCCACCCAUAAGAUCGGACACCUGGACCCCGACACCGAGUACGAGAUCAGUGUGCUGCUCACCAGGCCCCUGGAGGGAGGGACGGGAAACCCCGGACCACCGCUGCGAGCUAGGACCAAGUGUGCUGAUCCGAUGCACGGCCCGCGGCGUCUCGAGGUCGUCGACAUUCAGUCCAAACAGGUGACGGUCCGAUGGGAGCCGUUCGGAUACAACGUGACACGCUGCCACAGCUACAACCUGACGGUGCAGUACCGCUACAGACCUGCAGGGGCCCCCAGCAGAGAGCUGGUGAAGGAGGAGGUGAGGGAGGAGGAGGAGGUGUACGACACUCGGAGCUCCUUGCCGCAGCAUGCCUUACGUAACCUUCCACCGUUCACCAACGUCAGCCUGAGGCUCGUCCUCAGUAACCCGGAGGGACGCAAGGAGAGCGAGGAGCUGCUGGUGCUGACCGACGAGGACGUUCCUGGAGCGGUCCCAGUGGACUCGAUCCUCGGCAGCAGCUACGAGCAGCAGAUCAGUCUGAGCUGGAGGGAACCUCUGCAGACCUACGGCCUCAUCCGACAGUAUGAGAUCUCCUACAAAGCCCUGAGCUCCUUCGACACGGAGUUCGAUCUGUCCAAUCAGAGUGGCAAGGUGUUCAAACCGGCUAAUGAGACGAGCCACAUGUUCACCGGCCUCUAUCCAGGCUCCACCUACUCCUUCACAAUAAGAGCCUCCACUGUGAAAGGCUUCGGACCUCCAGUGAUCACCCAGUUCACCACCAAGAUCUCAGCUCCUCUGAUGCCGGCCUACGACCAGGAGUCUCCUCUGAACCAGACCGACUCCACCGUCACUGUUCUACUGAGACCAGCUCAGAGCCGAGGAGCUCCAGUCAGUAAGUACCAGGUGGUGGUGGAGGAGGAGCGCCCCCGCAGGCAGAGGAGAGGAACUGCAGAGAUCCUGCGCUGUUAUCCGGUGCCCAUUCACUUCCAGAACGCCACGCUGCUCAACUCGCAGUAUUACUUCAGCGCAGAGCUGCCGAUGAGCGAGCUGAGAGCGCCCGUGCCCUUCUGUGUCGGUGAUAACAGGACCUACAGCGGUUACUGGAACACUCCUCUGCUGCCUCAUAAGAGUUAUGGGAUCUACUAUCAGGCUGUCAGCACAGCUAAUGGGGAGACAAAGAUCGACUGCGUGCGAGUGGCGACUAAAGCUGCUAUAAUCGUCACCCAGCUCACCACGCCGUACAUUCGCAUCGCUCCGGCAGCUGGCGACAAGCAGCUAACAGGGGCUGCGACCAGGAAACCAGAACCAGAACAGGGGAACCAAUCGGAUCACACUGUGAAGAUCGCUGGAGCCAUUGCCGGUAUCCUGCUCUUCAUCAUCAUCUUCCUCGGAGUGGUCCUGCUGAUGAAGAAACGGAAGUUGGCAAAGAAGAGGAAGGAAACUCUGAGCUCCAGACAGGAAAUGACUCUGAUGGUCAACACCUCCCAACACACAACCAUGGCAGACACACACACACACACACUGAACGGACGCACUGUGUCAUCUCCGUCCUCCUUCACCCUGAAGACAAACACCAUCAGCACCACCGUCCCCAACUCCUACUACCCAGACCCCUUCGUACCGACAGCCAUUCUGGAUGACAGUCACACCAUGACCAGUGAAACCAGCAGCCUGGUGCAGUCCCAUUACAAGCAGCGGGAGGCGGAGCGGGAGGCACUGCCCUAUCAAACGGGUCAGCUGCACCCGGCCAUCCGAGUGGCUGAUCUGCUGCAGCACAUCACCCAGAUGAAAUGUGCAGAGGGCUACGGCUUCAAGGAGGAGUACGAGAGUUUCUUUGAGGGACAGUCCGCUCCUUGGGACUCGGCCAAAAAGGAUGAGAAUCGCAUGAAGAAUCGCUACGGAAACAUCAUCGCCUACGAUCACUCUCGUGUGCGUCUGCAGCCUCAGGACGGAGAGAGCGGCUCCGACUACAUCAACGCCAACUACGUCGAUGGAUACCACAGGCCCAAUCACUACAUCGCUACCCAAGGUCCUAUGCAGGAGACGGUGUACGAUUUCUGGCGGAUGGUUUGGCAGGAGAACACUGCUGCCAUCGUCAUGGUAACCAACCUGGUGGAGGUGGGGCGGGUGAAGUGUUGUAAGUACUGGCCUGACGACACAGAGAUCUACGGCGACAUGAAGGUGACGCUGAUCGAGACUCAGCUGCUGUCGGAGUACGUGAUCCGAACCUUCGCUGUGGAGAAGAGGGGCGUGGCCGAGAUCAGGGAGAUCCGUCAGUUUCAUUUCACUGGUUGGCCUGAUCACGGCGUUCCGCUUCACGCCACCGGCCUGCUGGGCUUCAUUCGCCGUGUCAAGGCCAAAACCCCACCGACCGCCGGCCCCACCGUGGUCCACUGCAGUGCGGGGGCGGGGCGUACAGGUUGUUUCAUAGUGAUUGACAUCAUGCUGGACAUGGCAGAGAGAGAGGGCGUGGUCGACAUCUACAACUGUGUCCGAGAGCUGAGAGCACGAAGGGUUAACAUGGUCCAGACUGAGGAGCAGUAUGUCUUCAUCCAUGACGCCAUCUUGGAGGCUUGUCUGUGUGGCGACACUGCGAUCCCAGCCAAUCAGCUGCGCUCAGUUUAUUAUGAGAUGAACCGAUUGGAUCCUCAGACCAACUCCAGUCAGAUCAAAGAGGAGUUCAGGACUCUGAACAUGGUUACGCCGACACUGCGCGUGGAGGACUGCAGCAUUGCUCUGUUGCCUAGAAACCACGAGAAGAACCGCUGCAUGGACGUGCUGCCUCCUGACCGCUGCCUGCCGUUCCUCAUCACCAUCGAUGGAGAGAGCUCCAACUACAUCAACGCUGCGCUCAUGGACAGCUACAAGCAGCCGUCAGCAUUCAUUGUUACCCAGCAUCCCUUGCCCAACACGGUGAAGGACUUCUGGCGUCUGGUCCUAGACUACCACUGUACGUCCAUCGUCAUGCUGAACGACGUCGACCCCGCGCAGCUGUGUCCUCAGUACUGGCCGGAGAACGGCCUCCAUCGUCUGGGCUCCCUGCAGGUGGAGUUUGUCUCUGCUGAUCUGGAGGAGGACGUCAUCAGCCGUAUCUUCAGGAUCUACAACACAGCCAGGCCGCAGGACGGGUACCGCAUGGUGCAGCAGUUCCAGUUCCUGGGCUGGCCCAUGUACCGGGACACACCAGUCUCCAAGCGCUCCUUCCUCAAACUGGUCCACCAGGUGGACAAGUGGCAGGACGAGUACGACGGAGGGGAGGGACGCACCGUGGUCCACUGCCUGAAUGGAGGGGGUCGCAGUGGUGUGUUCUGCAGCAUCAGUAUAGUGUGUGAGAUGUUGCGGCAGCAGCGAUGUGUCGACGUCUUUCACGCCGUUAAAACUCUGAGGAACAACAAACCAAACAUGGUGGAUCUGCUGGAACAGUAUAAGUUCUGUUAUGAAGUUGCUCUGGAGUAUCUCAACUCUGCUUAGCUUCAACAACAGACUCUUCAUCAUCAUCCUCCUCCUCCAGUGAUAAAGCUGCACAGUCUGGGGGGGGGGGGCAGCGGAGGGGGUCUACUACUGACUGAAGGUGAAGAGGAGGACAGGAAGUGAUGAAGAGGAGGAGGAGGAGUUUUUGCACUGCCUUGUUUGACUGAACUCUGAGACUCACCAUGUGUCACUGUUGUUUUUAUUGUGUCGUUGUGUCGAUGAACCAAAACACAUCAGAGUGGAGCAUCUUGUCUGUGAUCACCAGCUUCACUAACACAUCACCAUCAUCAUCACCAUCAUCAUCAGCAGCAUCUAAAGAAGCUUCCUGUAAACUUUCAUCCUGCAGCUCCAGAGACUGAGCAGAGGUUUUCACACUGUGCUGAGGUCACUAACACUAACUAACCAGUGUGGGCGGGGCCUCUCAGUGUGAAAACCUCUGAUCAAGAGUAUGAGGAUCCUCAGGAUCUGGAAAACUGUGUUUCUUUUAAAGCUCUGAUCAUAAUAAAUCAUGUGUGGAAUCAUUUUUAUGAUCAGCUGUGGAGGCGGUCUGAGGAUGAUGUCAGUUUAAAGGUGGACUCUCAUUGGUCAAGGGGCAACAUGAGGUUUAAAUAAGUGAUAGAAUGAUUAGUCAUUAAUCAAUAAGCUGAUCACUAGGGGUUUUAAUGAUUGAGCAGCUGGUGUUUGGUCCAGAGCUUUCAGCUGCUGCCCCUUUAAAGAUUAGUCUGGUAGGAGCUCAGAAUAACAUGGAUGUCUCCAUGGCAACGGUGCAAACUGAGUGAUCAGAUAAUGACUGUGUGAUGAACGUUUGAGUUGUCAUCAUGUGUUGUCUGUUUAUUUGUUUAUUUGCCACAGAGAAACAAACAACUAUCUAAAGACAUAACAACCUUUAUAUUAAAGUCACAGUCCGUCCGUCUUCUUCUUCGGUGGUGCUUGAUUUUUACUGCUGCAGAAUAAAACCUGACUGGACUGGAAUCACCUGACCACAUGGUCCCAGUCUGGACCCUGGUCCCCCUUCAGGUGGUGGUCUCUGUUCCCUCCUCAGCAGCUGGAUGAUGCUGGUCGGUGUUGUGUUAAUAAUGUACAUAGAGCAGGAGGAAGCAGGAAGAAGAAUAUUUAUUCCUUCAGUUGUUCUCAGUGUCGGUGUCGUUGCUGUCAUCGUUCUCAUGAAGCACAGAGAGAGAGAGACACUACCAUAUGGGACGAUGUUCAUAUAUGAUGUUUAUAUAUGAUGUUUAUAUAUGGCUCUGGUGUCAUGUAACCCGGGUCUCGUAUGGCUCUGGGUAAAUCGUAGUAACUUGUGUUUGUGGUUUUGAUUGAACUCUGUCAAUGUAUGGCUCUGUUGCUGAUGAGAAUGUAAUGAAAGCUUUUAUUUAUGUUGUAUGAUCCCAAAAUACUACAAUUAAAAACCUCUAUACACUUCA